AUGGCCUCCUCCUCCAACCCCGGCCGCGGCGCAAUCCAAUACGCCACCCCCUCAAGAGAAGACUACAACAAGCUCUCCGACGAGCAAAAAACACGCGUCAGCGAAGCCUUCGACCUCUUCGACUCCAACAAAGACUCCUACCUCUCCUACGAAGAGUUCCGCUUCGUCCUCCGCGCCCUCGGCUUCGAGCUCCCCAAAGCCCAGACCUUCGACCUCCUCAUCCGCCACGGCCAGAAACCCCCCUCCUGGACCCACGACCAGGACUGCCCCCCCAUCUACCGCCUCUUCAGCCUCCCCGUCGUCCAGGCCAUCGCCGGCACGCUAAUACGGCAGCGAGAUCCCCGGGAAGAGCUGAGAAGAGCGUUCAGACUGUUUGACGUGGACGGAAAGGGCAUGAUCACACAAGACGACCUGAGACGAGUGAGCAAACAAGUCGGGAACAACAUACCGGACGCGGACAUCAUCGCCAUGGUGGAGGAGUUUGACGCGAGUGGCAAGGGGGGUGUGGACGAGGAUGAGUUUUUGAGGUUGAUGAUGUCCAAGAAGUGA